AUGACAAGUAAUCAAGAUAUUCAAUCAGUUGAAAAUUUUCAAAGUAAUGGUCUUAUAGAUCAUCAUUCAAAUAAAACAAAUGAUAAUGUAGUAACAACAUCAUUGGAUUCACCAGUACGUCAUUCACGUUUUUUUCGUACAAAACGAAAACAACGUUUAGAUGAAAAUCAACCGAAUAUUAAUGGAGAAACUAAAGAUGAAAUUUCAACAUACGAUAUAACAAAAUCUAUUGAAAAACUUAAAACAAGAUCUUCAUCACCACCACCACCACCACUACCAUCUCCAUCAUUAAUUAUUAAUGAAUCAGAUGAUAAUGAUGAAAAUAAUUCUUCAAUAGACCUUAGUAAUAUUCCAAAAAUAGUUAUAACCGAAGCAAGACAAUCUAUAACAACUGUCAAUAUUGGUUAUCAACUAAAGAAAUCUCAUUCAGUUAAACUAACACGUGCCAAUGAAAAUGAUUCAUGUACAAAAAAAGCUGUUCGUUUUGCUGAUGAUUUUGGUUUAGAUUUGAGUCAAAUUAAAGUGAUUCAACCAGAUGAAUUACCAUCUGUACCUAGUACAGCAUUUAAACAUUUAAGUAUUACAAAUGAUGAACAUAAUUCUUUAAUAAUAAAUCCACCACGUGAAAAAUUAAUUACAUAUAUGGAACAACAAUUUGAAAAUCCUAUACAUACAUCAAAUUUUAAUGAUCGUGUAUCACGAAAUAAAAUUCUUCUUGAACAAGCUAAUGCUAUUGAUAAUCGAAUAUAUGGAACAAUUAAAUUAGUUUCAUUUAAUUUACAUAAACAUGUUCGAGUACGUUUAACAACUGAUAAUUGGAUAUCAUUUAAAGAUUAUGAUGCAAUAUAUAUGAUGAAUUCACAUGAUGGUAUUUAUGAUCGAUUUUCAUUUAUGAUUGAAAUUGAUCGUAAUAGAAUAUGUGCUGGAAAUAAUAUACAAUUUUCUAUUUGUUAUGAUUCAUUUGUUAAUCAAGAAUAUUGGGAUAAUAAUUAUCAACAAAAUUAUCGUUUUGAUUGUUAUUCAAGAUCAAUACCUGAUUAUAGUAUUUAG